GACGGAGAGAAGUAUAAUCAAAAUAAAAAAAAUUAUUUCUCUCAAUGUAACAUUUGAGUUUGUGCGCCUCAUUUAUGACGUCAAGAUUUCGUGGCUUAUGCUUUUCGAAAUAAGUUGUCCGUGUGUGUACCUGGUUUUUGGUGAGACAGAAUCAUAGAAUACACUGAACCAUUUUCGAAUAGCGUCAUUGACAGUUCGGCCAUCUUUGCUGGGUGGUUGGUGAUUUUUUAAUUUUCAAAUUCUUAAUUACUGAAUUUAUUCAAAAUUGCCUUAUUGUGUUGUAUUGUGAAUUGUUCAUCGCGUACUUAACGAGAUAUCUCAUGAUAUUUCCGAUUUCCUACCGUUUUAACCAAUAGGGAGUAUUUAAAUGUACUCUUCGAAGUCAGAAGAAAUGCUCGUUCAAGAGCUUUGAAAGGGAGAUAAUUUCCAUUUUUUUGUCGUUUCAACACUUUACAUCAGAUAAUAUAGAAGGUGUCUUAUAAGUAAUGUUACAUGAAUACAGUAGAAAACCAACCUAGUACAAGCACUUGCCAAUUAUUGAACUCCCUUGGAUGCUCUAAAGAUAUCAAACAUCGCCAUUUAAAACCAUUAGGAAAGAUCUAUAAAACUAGUCGAACAUUAACACAUAAAUUAACCGAGGUUCAAGCGAAACGUUGAGUAGAGGUGUAUCUGAUUAUUUAAUAAACAUUGGUAAUCGAAAUUAUUUAUGAGACACCCUCUAUAUUCAGUUCGUUCAAUUUUGGCGAAAUAAUGGCAAAUAACAAUAACAAAAAUACAAAAAAUCACAAUUGAAACACAAGAAAUGUACGUUAACAAACGGAAAAUGAAUAUUUUAUGUGCCACACAGGCAAAAUGGCCAACUUGUCAAAGUCACGUGCUCUAGAAUGGUUUAUAACAAAAUUAUAACCUCAAAAUCUCAAAAUAAGUUACCUGCGACAAAUGUUCAAAUUAUAUUAUAAAAUAAUAUAAAUAAAAUUAAAAUAUGGAAACGGAAGAUUUAGAAAGUAACAAAUUAAAAGGAUAUUUCAAGCAAAUAAUCGAAGGUAAAAAAGUGGAAGCGGAUAUAACUGUUCUCAACAGUAUCUUAUCAACAACUCUUGGUAUAAAUGUUACCAUUUUACAUUCCAAAUUUAAGUGUAUAUUACCUCAUAUGCUUAUACAUUUCAUAAAAUGUUGGCCUGGGUGGAAAAAAGCAUACCAAUAUUAUAGUCAACAAAUAACCUUAGAGGACUGGUAUCAAAAGUUCAAAGAAUACUUGAUAUAUAAGUUUCAGUAUAUGAUAAAAAAUGAUUGUGAAGAGGUUGUUACUAUGCUGCGUUAUCAAGGUGUUAAACUGGUAGAUGAAGUAGUGGAUAAACAAGAUGUUGAUACUCAAACUAACCAUAAUGUAGAAAAAACCAUAGCACCAUUUAGUGUUGAAGUGACUGGAACCCCAAAAAUUCUGAAUUCAUUGGUAUUCUCUGAAGGCACAAAAGAUAAUGUUUUCGUAAAGCAAUACAAUGUAACAACACUUUGGGGUCCUCCAUUAAAUGUAAGACAACUUAUAAAUUGGCCUCACAUAGAAAUAGAAUUCCAGUCGAACCAUCUUCAUUUCAAGAGGAUUAAUAAACAUGAUUUUGAUAGGUGCCUUACAUUUAGUUCAGAAAAAAUUUUUUUCAAAAACAUUGAAAAUUUUAUUGAGAAUAUUGAUAUUAUUGAUGAAAAUAUUGAUAGAAAAGCGUAUACUCUAAAUGCUGUAAAAGAAUACUGUAAUGCUUUUAUUGAUUUUGUGAAAACCAAAGAAAAUAAAACAAAUGUUUUAGAUAGUUCAAAUACUAUAAAUGAAGUAGAAACCAUUUUGGAUGAUUUUAUUUUUGAUAUAAAAGACAUAAAUAUGAAUAGUAUUGCUACAAAUACUUCUGUGGUAUUUAAUAUUGGAAAUUCCAUGUAUGCAAGAAACAAGAUCAUUAAAACCAGUGACCGUGCCAUUUGUUUUGGAGAAUGUAUAAUGCCUAAGAUAUUACUUUCUCUUUUCAGUUUCACAGCCAUAACAGAUCCAACAAUAACUUCAUUCAAUCAUUUAUUCAACGACAAUAAUAAACUAUCUUUAUUGAUAACAUAUAAAUGUACAUAUUGCAAUAUCUCUUUCAAGAAAUCAAUUGAGUUGUGGAAUCAUUUACAGAAUGCCCACAUUAUGGAACAACCAGUAUUAUGUUUCAAGUGCAAAGCACAAUUUCAUGUGUCAAAUCUGACAAAUAAUAGGUGGUUUCAUAAUUGCAGCAAAGCAAGCAGGACUGAAUAAAUUACUUUUUCAAAUAAAAA